AUGUUGGAGCAUUUUUUGAAGAGGGGAUGUGGCUACGGUAUAACUUCCAGGCACCAGUGCCCAGUCCCAAAGACUCGGGCAGCAGAACAGAGAACCCUCCCGACCAGCAGAACUCCGUCCCAGACCUGGCACAUGAGGAGAUCCGUUUCAGUUUCAGCACCACCAAGGCACCCUGCAUUCUCCUCUACGUUAGUUCUCUCACCACAGACUUCUUGGCAGUUGUCGUCAAACCCACCGGAAGCUUACAAAUUUGGUACAACCUGGGUGGCACCCGAGAGCCAUACAAUAUUGAUGUCGACCACAGGAACUUGGCCAAUGGACAGCCUCACAGCGUUAACAUCACCCGGCACGAGAAGACCAUAAUGCUCAAG